UAUACAGCACCGUACAGUAACAUUCAGUCUGCUCCAAGGCUUUCCUUGAUCAUCACGCGGGGGCGCGCAUUUAUAAUGGAGCGGUGGUCAGGCCGAGUUGCCGUAGUGACGGGAGCAAGUUCAGGUAUCGGCGCUGCGGUCGCAAAGGAGCUGGUGAAGCACAACAUGAAGGUGGUGGGAAUUGCUCGCAGACUUGAGAGGAUAGAGGCGCUGAAAAAUGAAGUAGAUGGAUUAGCCGGCUCCCUUUACCCACUCAAGGCUGACAUUUCUAGGGAAGAAGAAGUGGUGGCUGCAUUCGCCUGGGUGAAGAACAACCUUGGCAGUGUGGACGUGCUGAUCAACAAUGCAGGGAUAAUUGGCAGAAGCACGCUCCAUGAGGGCCCUGUGUCACAGUGGAGAUCCGUCCUGGACCUCAACGUGCUUGGUCUCAGUAUCUGCACCAAGGAGGCCCUCCAGUUGAUGAGGGAGAGUGGAGUGGACGAUGGUCACAUCAUACACAUCAGCAGCAUCAAUGGGCAUGGUGUCCCCCAACACAGCUUGGAGUACGACCUCAUGAUGUACUCGGCUACCAAGAACGCUGUCCAGGCGCUCACCGAGGGUCUCAGGCGUGAGCUGGUGCAGCGAAACUCCAAGAUCAAAGUUACGUCCAUAUGUCCAGGCAUGGUGCAAACAGAAAUCAUUCUUGCAGCAGGCUACAAGAUAGCUGAAGGUAUGACGGUUGAACAGUUUUACAGCAACCUUCCCCACCUCAAGUGUCAGGACAUUUGUGAAGCCAUCAUUUACAUUCUAGGCACUGCGCCUCAUAUACAGGUACAUGACCUUAUUAUCAAGCCUGUUGGAGAGCCGAUGUGAGCGGGCACACGUACAGCACUCCGUGAGCUUGUCUUCAAUGUAGUGGCAGAGACAUGACUCUCUGGUAGAGGGAGCCCAAAUUAUUUCUCUAGUUGUGACGUGAACCAUUAUUUACCAAUAACUUUGAGAAAAAGUUAUCAAGCUUACGGUUAAAUUCUGCUAAAUAUUAUUGCUUUAUAUUUUGAUUCUCUACUUAAAUAAGUAAUGUAACUGAUUUGUAGAAUCGCCCAAAGAAGAGAAAUGAAAUUACAAAUACUAUCAUAUCAUUACCCGUGCACAUUUUAUUAAAUACUGAAUAAAGUUAAUAUUCCAUCUGUCA